GCCCGCUGUUUCUAUUCGACUCUCAGCUGCUUCGUAUUUCUCACACACUGUUCAACACUUGGCAAACUACUCAGGGGACAACCGAAACUUCAACCGUCGAAAGGUUUGUUAAAGAAAGUGGAUGAAAUGACGGACAUAUUAUUGGAACAUAUUAUGACAAAUUAUAGAUGGGUUUUCGUCAUUUUUUUUCUACUGCCCCUUUCCUUCAUUUUCGAAAUCUUCAACUAUGGGAGAAACUGGAUCGUUUUUAAUUUAAGUACAGCUCCUAGGCAGCAUAGAAAAAAAGUUAAAGAAGUGCAGAAACAAGUGCGAAAAUGGAAAGAAAGUGGCGAACAACAAUUGAUGUGCACUGCUCGUCCCAGUUGGCAAACUAUGAGCUUUCGUCAAGGCACAUACAAAUCGUCAAUGUUUAAUAUAAACAUUAAUUUGGUCGACGUACUCGAAGUGAACGUUGAAAACAAAUAUGUUCAAGUCGAACCUUUGGUUACAAUGGGACAACUUUCUGCUACACUGGAUCGUUUAGGAUGGACAAUUCCAGUGACUCCAGAACUUGACGACUUGACCGUGGGAGGAUUAGUAAUGGGUACUGGAAUCGAGUCUAGUUCCCACAAAUUUGGCCUUUUCCAACACAUUUGUCGAGCCUUCGAAAUUGUACUUUGUGAUGGGUCAGUAGUAAAAUGUUCAAAGGAAAACGAUUCCGAUCUUUUUUACGCUAUUCCCUGGUCUCAUGGCACUCUUGGGUUUCUGGUCUCUGUUGAAAUAGACAUUAUAUCAGCCCAAAAAUUCAUAGAACUGGAAUAUCAACCAGUCACAUCUUUAACAGAGGCUGUCGAUGUUUUUAAAAGACAGACAUUUGCAAAGGAAAAUAAUCAAUUCGUUGAGGGUCUUAUGUUCUCUAAAGAAAAAGGAGUCAUCAUGACUGGAAAUAUGGUUUCAAAAGUAGAGGAGGAUUUAGUAAAUCCGAUUGGACGGUGGUACAAGCCUUGGUUUUUCACCCAUGUAGAAAAAAAAUUGAGGGAAGGUUCCAGGAUCGAAUACAUUCCAUUGAGAGAUUAUUAUCAUCGCCAUACGAGAUCCUUAUUUUGGGAGCUUCAAGAUAUUAUUCCUUUCGGAAAUAAUUUUAUAUUUCGAUAUCUUUUCGGAUGGCUGAUGCCGCCUAAAGUUUCUCUAUUGAAAUUGACGCAAACUAAAGCUAUUAAAAAGCUGUACGAAAAUAAUCACGUUUUGCAGGAUAUGCUUGUGCCAAUCGAUCAUCUGAAAGAAAGUAUUUUGAAAUUUCACGAAGUGGUCCAGGUUUAUCCCUUGUGGCUUUGUCCUUUCAAGUUGACUCCAGAUCCAGGAUUUGUUCAUUCGAGGACAAAUAAACAAGAUAUGUACGUUGAUGUCGGUGUCUAUGGAACACCAAAAGUAAAGAAUUUUAAUCCAGUGAAAGUAACUAGAGAAAUUGAAGAUUUUGUUCAUAGUGUCAAAGGAUAUCAAAUGCUUUAUGCAGAUACUUAUAGGACUAAAGAAGAAUUUGAAGCAAUGUUUGAUCAUACUCUCUACAAAAAAAUGAGGGAAAAGUUACAAUGUAAGAAUGCUUUCCCUGACGUUUACGGAAAAGUUAAUAAAAGUGUUCGAACCUGAGUUUCAAAGUCUGGAAAUUUCACAAAUGCAUGAAUAAAAUGGAUCUGUCUCAGAGUGAUUAUGUGGUAUCUUUAUGAAUUAAAUAUGAAUUAAAUAUAAAUUUAUGAAUUAAGCUUCUCUUAUCUCAAAAGGGCUUUAGCUUAAUAGUCUAGUAAUAUGACUAAUAAUAAUAUUAAAAUCUAUUAGGAUUAGUUUUCAGUUUUCACACUUUAAUUUUGGAUUAUAUAAAAUAUUUUCUGGGCAAAAUUGAGGCACUGAGAAUGGCAAAUGGGUAAAGUCCAAAAA